UAUACUGCUGCAGCUGUCCAUGGUUGCGUUUGGUGGGUGUUCGCGGUUCUCUGGGAUGCGACCAUAAUCAGAUACCAUUAUUAUAUUUCUCUGGACCAUUUCCAUAUAUAGUGCAUCAGAGCCGACUUCAAGAGGUAAGCAUUCUCAUUGAUGUGGAUUGUUUAUUUUUUAAACCUAUUCUCCCUUGCCCUUGAACAUUACUGCUGACUUGAGCGAGUCCUCACUUGCAUUUAGAAAAGGCCAGCUACAAACCAACAUGGAUGCUGCGCAGUGCUGCUGCUGAUGCAGCUACAAAGAUUAACUGCUCCAAGCAUCGCAGUUAGGCUACAGAUUCAAAAAUAAUCCAGAAUAUAUAUCAUAAUAUUCUAGUUGUACUUAUAGCAAACGAACAUUCCAUGAAUGAUGAUCAUGUAUUCCAUUUAUUUGAACAGCGUCAGAGUGUAUGGAUUUUAACAGCCUCAGAGCGUACGGGUUUUGACAUUUUGCAAAAGUCGAUUUUUGUGAAAAUGAGUUGUUUGGUCAGUCAUUUGUGACAUGGCCUAAAAACGUUAAUAGUUUAGCUGGAGGUUGAAGAAUGGGUAUUUUACGACUAGUGCGUCAUCUCAAUAAAUCUAGCCUAUCUAUGGUCAGCUGCUUCCUUGGAUGUCAAUAACGAUUCUCCUCCCCAGGACCACCUCACAUAAAGUCACCAUUUACACUAAUUACUUGAAAUUUAGCAUCCAAUUGAGUACAUUAUUUGAGUUCAGGGAUAGGCCUAUGAUGGAAAAUGCUCAAGAUUGAGCAUUUUGGCCUUAGCAUCACUGCAGAAGGUCCUUGAGGUUUUCUGAAUGCUAUAGGCCCUUGGGGUUCUCUGAAGGCUAUAUGCCCUUGUGCAGUCUGAAGCUAUAGCAUCUUGAUGUUUGUGAUUUGUCGUUAACUUCUUACGGAUUUCCUAUCAACAAUCCUAACAAAUGACAGUGACAGAGUUGACAGAGUAGCUAGUUUGAAAAGAGACCCCUGAAGGGUACACAUUCCAAUUAAUAUCAGUGAUUUGCGUGAGACCUCAGUUCUCAAUUUGACCACACUGAGUGACUGAGAAUGAUAACACUCAUAUCUCAUAUAAGUUAAUUUGUUAUUGACUUAGUAAUAGUUACAGGAUCCUGGCAUUUGUAGGCCUAUUCUAAGUAGAAACCCAAGAGAUAUACAGUUAGAAUAUGUGACUAGGUUGUCUGAUCUGUUGUUGGAAGGGAGAGGGCAUCUAGGUUCACAGGUAGAUGAUUUACUCUACUCUCUCCUCUUACAGGGUAGGAACCCUGCUGAGAGUGCACCAUUUUGGAGUGGCGGUAAGGUUAUAAGGUGUGCAAUAGAUUCCUGGAGUGUGGGAGUAUUUUGUGAAUUUGGGGCAGAACUGCACAUAUUUGUGAGAAUGAAAAAUACACUGCUUCUGUCAACACACAUGGUGCUAUAGGCUGAAUAAUGGUGUAAUGAUGACUCAUUGGUUAAUAAACAUGUGCAUUUCUUCCUUUUCUCUGUGUUCAGAUUCUGAAGGACGUGAGGCAUCAUGGCAGCACAAGAACAGGCGAGGCAGCGCUCACUCUCCACCUCUGGUGAAUCACUCUACAUUGUGCUUGGCAUUGACAAGCUAGCCACUCCCGACGAUAUCAAGAAAUCCUACAGGUCAGUCAGAGAGGCGUGGCCACUUACUGUAGUAGUUAUACUAGUACUCAUCAAUAAAAAUAUAGCCACAUUAUUUUCUAGAGCGUGCCACAGAUAAAUAUAGUCUUAUGUUUUGUUUAUUGGUACUAUCUAAUUCUCACUCUUAUGUGUUCUUAGAAAACUUGCGUUGAAAUUCCACCCUGAUAAGAACCCAGAUAACCCUGAAGCUUCUGACAAGUUUAAGGAGAUCAACAAUGCCCAUGCCAUUCUGAAUGACCCCACCAAGCGGAACAUCUAUGACAAGUAUGGCUCCCUGGGACUGUACGUGGCUGAGCAGUUUGGCGAGGAGAACGUGAACACCUACUUUGUCCUGUCCAGCUGGUGGGCUAAGGUGAGACUGCGAGGGGCCACGGGGAGGUGGGGGGUAGACAUGUAGAGUGGACUUAGGGUCAAAGAUAAAAUGGCAUAUUUUAUAACACAAACCCUGUAAAAACACAACCAAGCCUCUCUAACACUGUUUGUCUUGAUUGUUAUUAUUUUAUCUUCUUGUCAAACUCUCUUGAUCUCUCUCACACCUCUCUCUCCCAAACUCACACACACACACUGCCUUGUUUUCCCUCUGCAGGCCUUGUUUGUGUUCUGUGGCCUGGCCACUGGCUGCUACUUCUGCUGUUGCCUGUGUUGCUGCUGUAACUGCUGCUGUGGGAAGUGUAAACCGCGGCCCCCAGAGGGCCAGGAGACUGACUUCUAUGUGUCUCCUGAGGACCUGGAGGCCCAGAUGCAGUCUGAUGAGAGAGGUGAGAUCGACUGCUUAUUGUGUAAGAAACAUGUUUCUGCAUGAACACAAAUCACUUCAUCACUGACCAUUGACUUGUUUCAAUUGCAUGGUCAUUUAUUAUGGAGUGCCAUCAUUACUGACCCUUUAUAUCUUACCGUGUGUGUGUGUGUGUGUGUGUGUGUGUGUCGCUCUCGCUCUCUCUCUGACAGAGGCUGGUGGUGAAGCCAUCUUGGUGCAGCCAUCAGCGACAGAGACCACCCAGUUGACGUCAGAUGGUCACCAUUCUACCUAUCAGACCGACAUGGGCUUCAACUAA